UUAAAUAGAUAGAAUACGAUUCAGAGAUGUUUGUGUGCUUGACCGUAGGCAUCAUCAUCCAAUAACAAGCUCAUAUUUUCAUGAGUGAGGUAGGAGGGGUAUGGUAGGGGCAGCACAACCUUCUUAUAUGGAGUGACAACUCUAAUCUGUGUUUCUGCUUGGUGAUAAAACAAUGCCUCGCUGAUUCAUUUCCUGUUCAGGAUCCAUUUAGAACCGAUCUGUGAUUCAGGAGCGCAAUUCUCUCUCUACUUAAAUUAAGUGCAAUUUGGGUGGUUUUCACCAGGAGGUUCAAGAGGUUCACAGCUGUCCAGAGGAUAAAAGGAGUCACUCUCUUAUUUAUAUGGGGAGAUUUGGUCUACGUUUCAGGAAGAAAGAUAAAAACUCACCCCAUUUCACUGAAGCUGCAUUUCAGCCUGCAUUUGGAAGCUGAAUACUACCUGCACCGAGGAAGGAAAGGAGAUACCAGAACAGGAGGGGGAGGAGGACUGUGUGAAAUAUCUUGUGCAUUGCUGUCGACCAACAAAACAGACGAGGAACUUUUCCUUGAAAUACAAAACCAAGCCCUCUAAUCCUUGAAUCUUCCCAGCAAAGGAGGUUAAAAGUUCCCCCCAUAACCUUCUCUCCAUCUAUAUUCCAGAAUCCUGAAGAACCAACAAAAUAUUUUUUUCAGCUGUUGACCUGGAAGAACGGCAUCCUGAAUGACAUCACGCAUGAGCGCCACUGGUGAAUGACGAGCAUGUGAUAAAAGAGUUUAAAAGACUAUAAUCGGAGAAUUGCGCGUUCUCGGCGCAGCAUCAGCACCACCAGCAGCAUCUGAUGCGCGCCCCCGAGCCGGUUUAGUCUGCCCGACAUCCCGGGAAGAGGAGUUGGAGCGGUGCGAGAUAAAGUUGGGCCGAAGGAGUGUGAUUUAGGAUGCUGCAGAACCAUCUAAGCUCUCGUUAACAUAGAACCCGUGCGGAGAGAACGCGUCCUGAGUUAAAAAAGAAACAAAAAAAAGGAUGACUCGCAAAAUACUGAGCACAUGCCUCUUGAUUUUGGCUUUUCAGCACUGCUCAUCACGAGAAUGUGUGGAUCCACUGGUGUCAGGACUGUACGCCUCCUCCUUCCUGGCUUCCUCCAGAUAUAACUUUCUCUACUCUGCCAAUUUUGCCAAAUUGUAUGGCAGCAGUGGCUGGUCCCCAGCACCCAAGGACAGGCAACCAUGGCUGCAGAUUGAUCUGGGCAGGAAGUACCGACUGGUAGCUAUUGCCACCCAGGGGACAUUUAACUCUUACGACUGGAUCACGAAAUACUCACUGCUCUAUGGCGACCGACCAGAUUCCUGGACGCCGUACAUAAUGAGAGGAGGGAAUUCUACAAUGCCUGGAAACUGGAAUUAUUAUCAAGUGAAAAGAAAUGUCUUUCACUACGCCUUCACUGCCAAACACAUUCGACUUCUGCCUCUGGCGUGGAACACGGAGAACGGAGGGAAGAUUGGUGUGAGGCUGGAGCUGUUCGGCUGCUCCUAUGAUUCCUACGUGCUUCAGUACAAUGGGGAUGACUCGGUGGUCUACAUGUAUCCAGAAAAGCGAUCCCGCACUCUGCAUGACCACAUUGCCAUUAACUUCAAAACUCUGGAACAGGACGGUCUGUUGUUGCACAGCGAGGGGAUUCAAGGAGAUCUCUUCACCCUGGAGCUGAAGAAAGGCCGUCUGUACCUGCAUAUGAGUCUUGGCAGCAGCGUUGUGCACAAAGUAAACGGGCGAACCACACUGAGUGCCGGCAGCCUUCUUGAUAAUUUACACUGGCACUAUGUCACCAUCAAGCGCUACGGCAGACAGGUUAACUUGACGGUGGACAGUCAGACAGUUACGGGCAUCUGUCAGGGAGAGUUCACCCAUCUGGAUCUCGACGACAAGAUGUAUGUGGGAGGAGUAAUAGAGCCAAACCUGCCUCACCUCCCUACCACGCCAAAUUUCCGAGGUUGCCUCGAGAACGUCUUCAUCAACGGCAUCAACAUAAUCGACAAAGCUCAGAGGGAAGAACCUGACAUCCACAUACCACAGAGGAAAAAAAUGCAUUAUGCCUGCCGCGACAUUCUCCUCAAACCCAUGACUUUUGCCGGGCCCAACAACUACCUGCAGGUGCCAGGCUUCUUCAGAAAGCCUCGCAUGUUCGUCAAGUUCAAAUUCCGCUCAUGGGACUACACCGGGCUGCUUAUGUUCACCCGCUUUGCUGAUGAUCUCGGUGCCCUCGAGCUGGGACUGAGUGAAGGACAGAUCAAUGUCACCAUAUUUCAAACCGGAAAGAAAAAAAUACAGUUUGCUGCAGGAUACAGACUUAAUGAUGGACAUUGGCAUUCAGUGGAUUUAGCAGCCAGAGACAACUUACUGACCCUCACCAUAGAUGAGGAGGAGGGCUCUCCACUGAAGAUCACCAACCCUUUCACAAUCAGGACGGGGGACCGAUACUUUUUUGGAGGUUGUCCACAAACCAACAACACAGUGAGGAAAUGUGAAACCAAGCUGAAUCGCUUUCACGGUUGCAUGCAGCACAUCUUCAUUGACAACGAACAGCUUGAUAUUGACAUAGUUCUCGAACGACAAUGGGGGCGCUAUGCUGAGCUGUUGCUGGGAACGUGCGGCAUCACCGACAGAUGUACUCCAAAUCCAUGUGAACACGAGGGUAGGUGCAUCCAGUCGUGGGACGAUUUCAUCUGUAUUUGUGAAAACACUGGCUACAAAGGAGAAGUGUGUCACAUGUCGGUGUAUAAAGAGUCCUGCGAGGCCUACAGGCUGAGUGGAAAGUACUGGUCUGGAAACUAUACUAUUGAUCCAGAUCUCAGUGGACCCUUGAAGCCUUUCGAGGUGUACUGCAAAAUGAAAUCUUAUAAAGCCUGGACAGUCAUUUUACAUGACCGAGUAGAUGGCACCAAGGUGUCGGGGAGUACAAUAGACAACCCCUACAUUGGGGACGUCAACUACUGGAACGCCUCCUGGGAUGAGGUCACUGCUCUGGCCAACACCUCCAUGUACUGCGAGCAGUGGAUCGACUAUUCUUGCUACAAGUCCCGCCUCCUAAAUACACCCAAUGGACGACCCUAUGGUUACUGGAUUGGUCGCAACAAUGAGAGCCACUAUUACUGGGGCGGGACCUUCAGGGAGGUCAAGAAGUGUGGCUGUGCCAUUAACCAAACCUGCAUAGACCCCAAGUUUCAGUGCAACUGUGAUGCUGACUACAGACAAUGGUACUCCGACAAAGGCUACCUGGAUUUUAGAGACCAUCUGCCUGUGAGGAGAGUGGUGGUGGGGGACACCAACAGAACUGGCUCUGAAGCGCAGUUCACUGUUGGACCACUAAGAUGUCACGGCGAUAGAAACAUCUGGAACACGAUAGCCUUCACCAAACCUACGUAUAUCACCUUUCCCCCGUUCAGGCCAGGAUCUAGCGCCGAUAUCUCCUUCCAUUUUAAAACCUAUCGUGAUCAUGGUGUCUUCUUAGAAAACUCUGAUGACCAUCUGAAAAACUUCAUUCGAAUAGAGCUGAAUACCACCCAUAACCUUUUAUUUAUAUUUAUGGUUGGUGACGGCAUCGUUAACGUGACCCUACAUUCACCUGUGCCACUCAACGACAACGAGUGGCAUUUCGUUCAGGUCGAGCUUAAUGUGAAGCUGGCUCGGAUCAAGGUUGACUAUCAGCCUUGGACGGUGAAAAGAUUCCCGGGUCAAACAUUUGUCACAAUGAAGUUUACGCAACCUCUUUUAGUCGGUGCAAGGAACUUCACCCAGAAACCGUUCCUGGGGUGUCUCCGAGGGCUACGGAUGAACGGUGUCCCUCUGGACCUGGAGGGGAAAGUCAACGAGGAGCUGGGAAUAAGAAGAAAUUGUACAGGACAGUGUCUCAAUGCUUCUUUACCGUGUCGAAACAGUGGACAGUGUAUCGAGGGCUAUGCGUCCUACACAUGCGACUGUAACAACACGGCUUAUGAUGGGUUCUACUGUCAUAAAGAUAUUGGGGCCUACUUUGAGAUUGGCUCGUGGUUGAGGUACAACAUCCUCAAGAAGCCCAUAUCAGAAGAAGCGGCGUGGGCCAACUGGAUUGACCCGCACUACGAUAAUUUCAGCCUCGGCUACAACGACACUGCAGACGACAUAGAGUUCAGUUUCAGCACGCUGCACACUCCGGCGGUGUUGCUGUACAUCAGCUCAUUUGUUCAGGACUACAUUGCUGUCAUCCUUAGAAAUGAUGGCAGCGCUGAGCUGAGGUAUAAGCUGGGGCUCAUAACACACAAGUACCAGCUGACACACCGAAACCUGGCAGAUGGAUACCCUCAUUACAUCAACAUAACCAGACACAACAGAACCAUCAAGACGCAGGUGGAUUAUAUGGAACCCAUAGUGGAUAAAAUAACCCUGGUGGAAGAUUCAAGGUUUGACUCUCCAAAAUCCAUGUUCAUUGGCAGAGUGAUGGAGGUCGGUGACAUGGACUAUGAGAUUCAGAAGCACAACGCUCCGGGCUUCAUAGGCUGCAUUUCAGGGGUGAGGUACAACGUCUACGCUCCGUUGAAAGCUCUCUUCCGACCGAAUGAAACGAAUCCUCCGGUAACGACGCAAGGCUAUGUCUCUGAGUCUAUAUGCGGUGCCUUCCCUCCUGUCCUGGGUUAUGUACCGUGGGAGGUGGACCCCUGGUUUACAAGCAUAGAGUAUAUUUACAUCCAUGAUGACCUGGGUCUGUUUUGGAUAACAGUCAUUAUCAUACUGGCGCUCCUGCUGCUCUUCGCCGGCCUGUACAGCAUCUACGUCUACGCCUAUCAGCAGAAAGGCAGCUACCACACCAACGAACCCAAGAACCUGGAGUCUCCGAGCAGCUCGCGACCUCUGACCGAAACCCUGAGGAGAGAGAAGAAGAACUUACCGCAAAUUGAGGAGGAGUUCAGGAGUGACUAGCAGCAGUGGACCUUUGGGGGGCAUCGGGUGUGGUCCGACCGGAGUCUAGGCGGGGGGGGAGGGGGUGACUUAGGAUAAACAACAGUUACCUAGAAUAAUUUUCAUAUUAUAUAUUUUCUUUACAUUUGAGUUUGAGGUUUUUUUUUUCUUUUCCUUGUGGAGUGGGAUCUGAUUCUUAGCGCUGUACGUUACGGUUCGGCUGGGUUUUAAAAGGAGCGGUGCACUGCAUGAAAGGCCAAGAAGUUUCACACUGUGUCGCAGGUGAAUUAUGAAGUGCCUCAUCCGAGCGAGCUUGAUCUGGGGCAAACACGAGAGCUUAAUCAGAUAGGGUUAGUGUGUGAUGCUGUGGUGGAAGGAUUAUGGGAUGUUGAGUUUUGAUUUAUGGGCUUUUGAUUGGUUUCUUCUUUUUACUGCAUAGAUUUGUUGCCAUCUUAACAACCUUAAAAUGACAAUCUCUAAAUGAGCCACUUUUUUCUGACGCUGCAGCUUCAACACAGGGUUGGAUUUGAACACCAACAUUUUCAAGCUGGUGUCUUCACACUGUUUGUUUUGUAACCCUAUUGCUUGCUCAAUUUGUAAAUACCACGCGUGUAUCAAUGAGAAUGGAGAUGUACUCACGAUACAAGGCACUACUGGUAGUUCGACAUCUUCCAAUGGCCCAAAGUACUGCAUACAGGAGUAAAAUAUUUGGUCAAAUGUAACUUCUAUGAAGAGAAGGUUCCUGUAACGAAUGGCGUCGAGGGGCUUAACGAGACACAGGUGGAGAAGGUAGACAAUCACUGGAUGGAGACAGUCAAAUACAGGGGUGAGACACAGGAAGCCGAGGUGGGACAUUAAAAAAAAUACAUAAAAAACAACAAAAUAAACAGUUGUCCUAGAACCAACGAGACAAGUAUGAAAAAACAUAACUAAAAAAGCUGGCUGUAAAAUUAUGCACUCAAAAACCAUUUGAGUUUGAGUCUGAAGCUUUAACUCUUCAAACACGUCACGUUUUAGGUCUGCUAACCAGGACUUUGUACUAGCAAACUAAGCUAAACCGAUCGUUAUCUGCUUGCAAACAAAGUUAAAAAAAAAAAAAAAGCAAGUGUGAAUGCCUUAAGUUUAACGUGUUGAAGAAGAAUAAUCUUUGUUUGUGAGUAGAAAACAUGUCACUAAAGUAAAGGCUACAGUGUUGAACUGCCAUCGCGUGUUUCUUUCUACGCUGAUGACACCCUAAUCUUUCCUCAGAUAAUUAUGAUUUGGCAUUUUAACGCUUAUCACGAACGAUUUAUUUUGAAAGUUAAACUACACCCUCCAUAUGUUCUUUUAUCUCCUACAGAUUUUAACUGAUACGGUGCAGUGUGAUUUGGGUGGCGACUGCUGCCCCCACGACCGGGUGACGGAUAAGCGGAUGAAAAUGGAUGGGAUGGAUAGAUUUUAACUGAAGUCAGUGACAUUAAGAAUUGGUUUACGUCUUCUUGUUUCGUUUUUGGUCGCUAGGCUAUAUUCACUACGAAGCCAUGUCCAGCUGUGUUGAAUGACUUCUUGGUGAGUUAUAAUGGCGGUAUACUGUAUGCAGACCUACGACAACAGAUCUAUGUGGUGAUAAUGUAAGGGUCCGACUUAGCCUUAAGCUAGACAUUAAUGGGUGUUUGGUUCGGCUAAAAAAAAAUCCUUUAAUGUUUAGUUAGAACACGUCUCUCUUUGGAGAACGUUCCACACAAUAUCAUCUGUACAGAGGACCACACAGGUGUUCAAAUGCUAAUCUUUUACUUUAGUCUCACUCACUCGAAUAUUCUUUGCACAACGUCGUACGUCAAAAAGUCCAUCAAGCUGCUUCCAGUGAACCAGACGUGAUAGCACUUUCAUCUAAGACGAGAUGAAAUUAGUUUGACUUUGAGCUUAGCGCCAUCUGUGGAGCUCUCUGUUAUCACACCAGUAUUGUUGUGUGUGUCUGUGUGUGGAAAAAUAAAACUGUAAUACAUUUGCAUUGUCAGCUAUGCAUAUGUAGAGCAUGAGCGCACUUUAUAGCUACACGUAAUCAGCUUGAUCACAGCCUCCACUGUUUGAUUUGCAACCGAGCAAACCAGAAUAUAUAUGUGAAUAUAUAAAUAUGUGUUUUUCAAAUUCACACGGAAAAAGGCGUUAUCUCAGAAAGGUGUAAGCGUUUGAAUGUAAAUCCUUGACCUCUGAUGAACUCCGGUUCGGUUGUCUUCGACUGACCCACAGGCAUGUGCGAGCGAGACCCCAUGUAGCCCACGUGGGUCUCACAUAAACAUGCCUGCUGGGUACGCUUUGCUGCUAAAAGUCUAACUACUCACGUUAGCUUGUAAAGAAAAAACACAGGCAGACUCAGACUCAUAGACGUUUUAGUUUUCUCUCUUGACGUAAAACAACAGAUCUAUGUGUCGAGAACUGCCUGAUUCUUUCUUUGAGACUUGCUCAGGAUUCAGAUCGUACACUUACUUGACCUCUGUGGCAGCAAAACUCGUCCUGGUGGAUGUGUUUUUGUCAGUGAUGCAGAAUGAGACUGUGGCGGGAUUUACAGUGAAUGUUUGUCACAUUGUAUGAAAAUGUACACAUCUGCCUCUGCUGGCACUGAAAUGCUUUAUUUUUGAAGAACGUUCCGUGAGGUGAUGAAUGGCAGUGUAAAAAUGUCGUCACGCUGUCGGUUGCCACCCAAAAUUUGUAUGUGGGACCUGUGGAAAAAGACAGAGUUUAACCUCAUGCUUGCUUGAUACCCAUGUAACCCAUUUACCAACAAGGGUACCACAUAGACAUGCUGGCUGCAUUUCUGAUUGUUUUUUUUUAUUUUUAUUUAUUGGUCAAUCGUGACUUAACCGCAAAUAUAUCUGCAAUUGUAUUUGCUGAGUUUUCCUUCGUUGAACUUCCAUCAUAAUUCAUACCUGGUCCCUGGAGUAUGUGUGUGUGUGUGUGUCUGAAUAUUAUAAUUUCCGAGUAUUGGUCCCAGCAAAUCACUUUAUACUGGUAUCACCUGAUGACCAUUACGGAUGGUUAGCUCAGCAGGAUAAAGACUGUCACAAAUGUAAAAAAAAAAUCGAUUCAAUUAAUAAUUGUAGUAGCUAAGGGAUCAAAGGUAAACUUUUGCUAGCCAUUAGAAUAAAUUAUUAACUACUUUUAACCUAUAUAUUUGUGAGUGUAUAUUGCCAGUAACUAUAUUUGGGCUUUUUUGUUAUUCUUAAAAAAAUUGUGGUGUAUCUGCUGAAUACCUGCCUGACCUCCAGUUAUAUUUGAUUUUUUUUUCAUUUACAUUUACAUUUAUAUUUAAGGAGGCAUUAACAGCUCCAUUCUGUCCUCGCCUUCGUUCAUUUCAAACCUGGGUGAGAAAAACCAGAAGUCAGAAGUGAUGAAACUGAAGUGAUAAGACACCUGAUGAGGAGACGGCUGUUUAACUUCAACCUGCAUCGUCAAACUAAACCCUUCAACUCCUGUUAGAACAACAACCACAGCUGUCUUUGUGGCUGCACUAACAUCUAGGAUCUUUUUCUUUUGUCGUCGUCGUCGUUUGGUACAGUUCUUUUUUUCUUUUUCUUCUUUUGUAAUAGCUUCCACUGUAUAUGACCAUUACUGUGUAAAUUAAGGCAAAGCCAAACUGUCACAUUAAUAAAAGAAGCUUGAAAGAAAAA